UCGGCGUCCGGCAGAAGUGUGUCAUCACCUCACGCUGGAAUCGCAGACGGCUAACGUCCCCGGUUGCGUUAUAAUUUUUUUUUUUUAAAUCCUCCACACAGGAGUUGUCGUGCUCUUUCCACGUCGUCUAAAACCGGCGGCGAUGUAAUUUAUGAUAUUCAUCGUUUUAUUCGCGUCCCCCGCCGCCGCCCCCCCCGUGCAUGAGCGCGGAGUGGCGCGGGCCGGCGGUGCCGAAGUCAAAGCUGUGGCGCAGGGCAAGAGGUGCGCGUCAGUGAGGUGCGUGCGUAGCGUGCGUGUCGCGCCGGUUCGUUUUCUUCUAAUAACGGUUUUGUUUUUUUUUAAAAAACAAAAAACGAAAAAAACAAAAAACACUCGUCAAACUCGUAAGUGGCUGUCGCGCGACGAGCUCGCCAUGGCUCUGUGCGGGGGUGUCGGAGCCAUGGCUUUGCCCAGCGAGCUGAUCGUCCAUAUCUUCUCGUUCCUGCCCGACCGGGACAAACUGCGGGCCUCGGUCGUGUGCUCCCGCUGGAGGGAGUGCCUCUUCUACCCCGCCCUGUGGACCGAGCUUAAACUGCGGGUGGGGGGCGGCUCCGUCGCCGAGGAGACCCCGAGGCUGGAGUUCCUCAUGCGGAAGUUCGGCUCCUUCGCCCGGGAGCUGCAGCUGGAGCUGUCGCCCGUGGACGGGUACCUGAGUCCGCUCAGCCGCGGCCCGGCUUCGGGCGGAGCGGACCGGCCCGCCCUCGACGGCGAGCCGGGCUCCUCGCAGCGGUGGAAGGACGCGAUGGCGGCCUACUUGGACCAGAUGCUGUGCGUGUUCACCAGCGUCCGCAACAACAGAAACCUUCAGAAGCUGAGUCUGUUUGGCGACACCUGCAUCCUCCACCAGGAGGGUCUGUUGGACAGCUCCUAUCUGGACCAAAUACACCAGGGAGACAAGAAGAUCAAAGAAAUUCAGCAGUUGUUCAUGGAGCUGUUGUCCAACAGCAGACAGUUGAGGUGGUUGUCCUGUAGCUUCAUGGUGGGCCUGGUGACUCCUUGUUCCCUAGCCUAUGUUUCUAACCCCUCAGCAGGGACUCUGCAGCACCUUAGCCUACUAGACCACCAGAUGGCUCCACUCAUCUCUCCGUCAGAGUUGGACCGGCUCUCUAACCUGCGUUCUCUCGCCCUGGACUUCUCUGACCUGACCUCAGAGCUGUGUGGUCUGUUGGCCUCUCCUCGCCGCACUCCCCUGCAUCGCCUCUCCUUGCUGCUCAACGGUGCCGCCCUGGAAGUCAAACCCUUAGAGGGGACAGCUACUGAGGAUGACUGGAAGGCUUUGGUUCGCAUGAGCGCCAACCUGCGUGUGUACAUCAUGGCGAUGGAGGUGGACAGCUCAGAGCUCCUCAGGGUCCUAAAGCCCAGCCUGCCUCUGGAGCGCCUGCACCUCGACAGCUACAGGACCCUGGUGACGGACGCAGCCUUGGAGCUCAUCUCUCAGCAGUACAACAAGACGCUGACUCACUUCCUGCUCUUGAGGGACGACACCGACUUUCCUGACCUGAGUGUCAACCGCAAUGAAGACCCCUUGGUUCUCUUGGCGUGGAGGUGCACUCGGCUGUCCGUGCUGGUGAUACAUGGCUACACAGUUUGGUCCCAUAAUCUGGUGGCCAUCUCUCGGCUGCGUGGCUCCAGUCUCAGUUUCCUGGCCGUGUCUGCGGAGAGCAUCGAGUUUGACCCAGACCAGUCUGCGUACGUGGAGGGCGACCCCCUCCGCAAUCUGGUCAAGGAGGUGUCCCUGGGCCUGGGCCGGGUCUGGCACCCUUGUCUUGAUUCUAACGAGGUCCUGUCUGAACCCACCCAGCACUUCCACCGUGAGCUGCAGGCCUUCAGUGUGGGCCUGUAGUCAAGGAGGACAAAUCCUCAUGACACAGCCUGAGCUGGGCCGAGACCAGGGUCAGACAAAAACCAGCCAAGCGUAAGAUAGACCAGACCUCACCUGCCACACCUAAACCCCAGGCCAAAGUCAGGCCUAAGUAAGACCUGACAACAAAACGUAAAUCACUCUAUAAAUUGUGUUGAUGUGAACUGAUGUGAACUGAACUGUAUUGAUUUUCUUUUAUUCCAGUAUUUAAAGUUUCUUUUUUAAAGUCUCAGUGGUUUCUUUUUUUCUUUUUUGAAUCGAAGAUGAGAGCCCCGUUUUCCUGCUUUCCCCCUUAAUUACCCAGCUAGCCAAAUAGCUCGAAUAACAGUUAUAUGUGACCUUUUAAAGAGUUGUCCACUGAACUUAGAUGUUGGCUCUUGAAGUCUUGAAACCAGACAGAACUUGUCUGGUUAACUGAGUCAUUCUUCCUGGUCUGGUCGGGUCUGGUCUGGCCCGGCUCUGCUCAGCUCAGCCUGGCCCACAACUUGCAUUCAGAGCUCGAUGUCGCUCCCUUACCUUGGUAUAACUUCCUGUAUUUCAAGCCUCUGUAUGAUGUAACUUGGAUUUCUGUUUCGUUUACGUCAUCGUUUCUCCCUGCCCUGCUCUGUGUAUAGAGUGAUUUUUCUUUUGUUUCUGUGCUGUAUCCCCCCGCCUGAAUGGGGCCGGUGUGUAUUUGAAUCCAGCCGUAAUUAUCCUGCUCACAACUACACCAGGAUAAGCAGGCUGGUUUGAGUUAUUGGCUUUGGAGGCAGGAAAAGGAAAGGGAGGGAGAGGGCUCUUCGUUUGUGUUCUGACACAUGCUACUAGCUUUAGUUGUGAAACUUGUGGAAACUUUUUUUUUUCUUUCCUUAAAAAAAAACCGUUGCUCUGUGUUGAUCUGUCUGUCCGACUGCUCCCGUCUUAGGCGACUUGGAAUUUGUCUGUGAACUACUCCGGUUGAUGGGUCAUCCCUCAUACAUAACGCACACACACACCCUCGGUUGAGCCAUGGUUACUUCCUGCGUUGCUUCAAGAGAGCUACUUAUGCACUUGUUCACUCAUUGGACAGCCUUCCAAGCAGGGUGGGGCUUAAGCCCUAACAUGGCUGACGAUGGCUGGUGAAAAUCAAAGGCAAUGAAUUUCACUGAUCAGUUACCACUGUUGUUUCCUGGCUAACAGCUAUGUCCGCGGUUGAGAUCCAUGGGCACCAUGGGGUGACUGGUGAUAAUGUGUUGACUGCUCUUAUGGAAUGCCGGGCACUUCGCUCUGGUGUGGUUUUUGGAGGACAUUGUUUUUAUUUUUGCAGCUAGCAGUUUUGUUUUUUUUUUGGUCCUAGGCAAGGAACACUCACGGUGCCCGUUGCGACCCUGUCCAAAGUGUGUUUUAAAAUGGCUAUGGUGCCAAGUUCCCACCCUGCUCACUUGUUGACUGGAGCCUUGCCUAGUCAACUAAAUGGGGAGCCUCGUCUUCCAACAAAGGGAUGGGACUGAAGGACACACAACACACACACACCUUCUCUCACCACCUCACUGUUCUGUUCCUCUUGAUCUGUCUUUAGCUGAUAGCAUUUUUUGAGGAUGUACUUCGUGUUUUGGAUCUGAAUAUGGCUGCUUUAGUAAUUUUGUUUCUUUUUGCCCCUGUGUUUAAGGCAAGACUUUCUGAUGAGCAAAGCUGGUUUUAGAGCUGUUCAUGUGAAAUUUGUAACUCCUGUCAAGCACGUCGGUUCUUUUCAGAGGAGAAUGUAAAACAUCUGCAGACGACAGAGCUCUAACUCAAAGUAAGAGAACGGGCACGUAUCAUGUGAAGCGCUCUAAUAUAUUAAGUGUAGUAUGGGGUUGUGUGUUUAUUAUAAAUAGCUAAACGUUUUUCAUUCCAAAAUGCUAUAUAGUACAGUCUUUGAGAAACACCUCGAACCCUAAUAUUUAAAAAAAAAAAAUCAGCUAGGCUCAUGCUAAUAAUUUCCAGUAUUUUGUUGUGCUAGGAUCUCGAGAGAACAAACUCAUUUGCAUGAAUUUUACAAUCAUGCCAGAAAUCAUUCAGCUGGCAGGUGGCUGUUUUUUUUUCUUCCCUCCAUCUUUA